GUACUCUCUCACUUUUGGGGUCCAGUGGCCAACUGGGGUCUACCUCUUGCUGCUUUGGGUGAUUUGAAGAAGAAUCCUGAACUCAUAAGUGGAAAUAUGACGACGGCUUUAAUCUUUUAUUCAGCUUUAUUCAUGCGAUUCGCCAUACGGGUUCAGCCACGAAAUCUCUUGCUUUUUGCUUGUCACUUCACAAAUGAGGCCGCUCAACUGGUACAGAUGGGCCGUUUUGUUGACUUUUGCAUGCUAAACAGAUCUCAUUGCUUCAAUAAAUUUUUUGCAAGAAACACUGUACAUUUUUAG